GUCACCUACAUACAUGAGUGUCUAUAUAAAUACAAACACUAUCAGAAAACAGACAAAAAAAACAUACUGCCAAUAACACAAUAACAAUACACAAAUAAAUAUAAAUCCAAUAACACAAAAUGGCGGCCAAGCGAAACCGCGAUGCGGAUAUCGUGAAACAUAAGAUGGACCUACGGGUCCGGUUUAAAAAGUUGGUUCGGGCUGUCAUUAUGAACCAGACAUGGCUUUCCGAUGAAGAGGAGCAGGGUAUCUCAAUGAAUGUGAAAAAGAAUGUGGCUUUGAUGCGCCAAAAACGAAAACCGGGCAUGUUGACCUUAGCGGAUAAGGCACUAUUGCGUUCAAAUCCCGCUUUUAGGACAAUUGAGGAACGCAAAAAGUUGUGCAUAUUAAUAGCAGGACUAAAUUGUUUUUCUAGAAUUCCACCGAAAAUUAGAGCACGCAUGGUGCCUGUCCUAAAGUUUAUGUCCAUCAAUGAACCACGUGUGAUAAUCAAAAAUGGCGAUAUGCCUAUCUCCGUCUAUUUCAUAUUGAAUGGUGAAGUCGAGAUGAAAAAGAACAUAUACAAUAAGGCUACAAAACAAGAAGAUGCCGUUGCGGAAGCUAUUUUUGGUCCAGGAGAUUGUUUUGGAGACGUGGAAAUGGUUGAGGAAUGCCCAAGAAUGAACACUUAUUUAGCCCUGGCUAGUUGUGAGGUUUUAUCAAUAUACGAUGUGGACUAUGAACGCAUCCUGAAGCCACAUAUGUUGAAACAAUGGAACGAAAAGAAGCUUGCAUUAAAGGCAUUUGAUUAUUUUGAUUUUUUGUCUCCGGAGCAGAUAAUUCUGGCUUGCAAGUACUCGUACUUGGUUCAAUAUGAGCCCCUAGAGACCAUUUAUAUGGGGGAUACGGACUCAUUGGGUUAUGUGCGAUUUGUUCUUAGCGGAGAGUGUGUAAUAUUGCAGUGUCUAAGUAUGAAGGUCACCAACGCAGAAGGAGAGGUCAACUACGAGCUGACCGAAAUAAAUAAGAAUGAGGGUCUUGAAAUGUUUCAGUCUUGGAAAGACGUUACCAGUCGUAACUCGUUUCUAGAUAUACAGGACAUUUUGGCCUCUUCCACCUCCUCUGAGGAAGUUGAAGGCGGCACAAAGAAGAAACAAGCGAUGCGCAAAAUGGGCCUGGCGGAAAUUCAAAAGUUUUGUGGCAUUCGGACCUCUAACACACCAUCUCGAAAAAAAACAAAGCCGAGGAGAACCUUGAAUACGGCGGCACAGGCCAGAAAGACUCAAUUGAUACAGUCGCUGCGAAGAGGAACUCCUUGGCUGCCAAGUGUACUACCUAUUGGCGACGAUGACGAUGACGACGACGACGGACAUCUUGAUGAAGAUUAUUUGGACUACGCCGAGGAUGGUCCCUAUGAUGAAAUUGAUACGGACAAUAGCUCAUAUGAUUCAUCCACGGAAUCCAAUGUCUCCAUGGAUCGUACCCUAGUGCAAGUGCAGCUUAAACGGCACAGCGCCGAAAGCAGCACUGUCUCCGAGAAGAAAGUAUCCAGUUCAUCGUCAGAAAUAUUUACGGCGAGUUCGGUGACCAAUGAAAAGACUUUAAUAGACGAGAGCGCCAAACCAGUCAAACAGCCCGUUGAGACUCACUUUAUAGACGUGGGCUCACUAACCUACGGUAGUAUAUUUGGAUUGGGCGAAAAGAUGGAACAUCGCGUGAUAAUGGCCCGUACUGUUGUUCAGUGCCUGCUCCUGCCGCGCUUCUGGCUCCUUGAAGAGGAACAGAAUCCGGGUAAUAUUUGGCACCGCCGUCGUUUUUACUUCGAGUGCAACGUGCCCUCGCGUCAGGACUUGUUUACCAACUUUCUUAAGACCCGGCAAUGGAACAAAUUCCGUCACGACUACAUUGAAAGCCUGCUAAAUCGCGAGGAGAAGGGCAACAUUACCAAGGAGGAGGAUAUACCAAUUAUGUGUCGUAUCGUGGAGACUAGCGAUGAUGCUUCAUAGUUGAAGAACCAAUGUUUUUAUCCAAAUUCUCUGUUUCCUAAUUGUUGUACCCAAAUAAAACUGGCCUUUAAAUUUGCGUGUAAUCAAAUAGAAAUAAU